AUGCAAGGCGCCCAAUAUUCGAUUCGAAAGGUCAAUGGGGAGCCAAUUUUUGAGGAGGAGAUCUACUCGAUCUACCCGCCGGAGAAGAAGUGCCAGAAAGAGGCGAUAAUGACUGGGCACUGGAACUACUGCGAGGAUGGGGAAUGCGGCCCCGCCCACUGGCCCGGCGCCGACGGCCAACAACAGAGCCCCAUCGACAUCGACCUCUCAUUUGUUGAACGCAAGGAUACGGUGGACGGCAUCAAGUUCACCAAUUAUACCAAAGUUCUGAAGGGCAACAUCACCAAUAAUGGACAUUCUGUCCAAAUCACCCCCACCCCCGGCGGUGAACUCCCCGAAAUCUUUGGCGGCGGCUUGGACCAGGUAUAUCGCCUUGUGCAGUACCACUUCCACUGGGGAUCAACGGAGAGUGAAGGAGCCGAACACACCCUUGGCGGCCUCUCCUACCCGGCCGAACUUCACUUGGUACACCAGGGAGUCGAAGACAGCUCCCGUCUGGCUGUUCUCGGCGUUUUCCUCAAGGUCGGCAAGGGCGGUGAACUCCUUGCUGACGUCGAGCAGGCGCUGAAGAGGAUUGUUGAGCCGAACGCAUCCACUAACCUCGACGCCAUCAACAUCGGGAGCAAAUUGCCGAAGAACACGAGCUCCUUCUUCCGCUAUGAGGGCUCCCUGACGACGCCGCCUUGCAGCGAGAUCGUCACCUGGACGCUGUUCACCGAUCCAUUGGAGAUCACCAAGGAACAGCUCAACCUCCUGCGCACGCUGAAAGACACGGAGAACAAAUGCCUCAACCGCAACUUCCGCCCCACCCAAAAAAUCAACAACCGCACCGUAUAUCAUAUUGUGGCGAAGCAC